CGCUGGGAGUGAGUUUGUCCAGCUUGGCGCCCUUUUUCGUGCUGUUUCAGUUUGCGUGGUGCGAAUUAUGCUAUGGUCGUGAAGGAAACGGGAAUAUACGAGUGACCUUUACCGUUGUGAUGGUUUGAAUUUCGUGACGUGUUGUAUGAUAGAGUGCGCACGUGGCAUGUGCUCAGUGUGUGGUUUUCAAGAGACUAGAGACACCGUAUAGUGCUGUAUUAGGUUUGACUUGGCUGUGUUGAACACAUCGUGAUCUGGUACAGCAAGCAACCAAUAAGGGCUGUCUUGUAGUGGACCUCAUAUGUUGUGGUUUCGAGGCAGGAAGCUGACCUUUCGUCGCAUUAUGUCCACAACUUGAAGGAACUCAAGAUUAACACACUCACACUUGCUGAGGACCUGCGAUUUCAAGCCCAAGAAAAUAUGAAACUUAAGCACCUGAAGUCAAUCCUUGACGACGUAGAUACGUUUGAUUCUCCUAAUGUACAACUUGAACAAUAUCCUACCCCUCCAGAUAUUGCAGCUCAUAUGCUACACCACAUCUAUUCUCAAGGCGAAGUUGAGGAAAAAGUCGUCGCCGAUUUAGGUUGCGGCUGUGGAAUUUUGAGUGUUGCAGCGGCAGUUUUAAAUGCAAGCUACGUAGUUGGCUUUGACAUCGACAUGGACGCCUUGGAGAUUUGUGCGAGGAACUGCAAAGAAAUGGAGCUCACCACGGUUGACAUGGUUCAGGUCGACAUCACAGCCCCAUUUGAUUCUCGGUGGUCGAAGGCUUUUGACACGGUUGUAAUGAAUCCUCCUUUUGGGACAAGAAACAAAGGUCUCGACAUGCUCUUUCUAAAAGUUGCCCUGCAGCUGUCGUCUGGAUCUGUGUACAGCUUGCACAAAAGUUCCACGAGAGAACACAUCAAGAAGAAAGCUGCUGAACUCAACCUUACCUUCAAAGUUGUGGCUGAGCUACGAUACAACCUCGACAAGACGUAUAGUUUUCAUAAACGAGACUCGAAGGACAUUGCAGUCGACUUUGUUCAUUUUUCUAAGAAGACGUAGCGGGUAAAAUCGUAAGAAAUUAUCAUGUUUGUCGAGGUACAUUUGUGGAUAACAGACAUUACGGACUGAUCAAUACGCAUUGUGGUCAAAAUUAUUUAUUUCCUGUACAUUAACAUCAUACACAGAAAAUCUAGUACGGUACACAAGAGCAACACAACCUGUACAUUCUAGAGUGUUCAUACUGAAGUAGACACUACCUUAGUUACAGCACAUUUAACGUAUAAAUUAUAAGGCAAAGCUACAAUAUUCAUAAUACUGACAUUGCCGCUUUCUGUACACAAGGAAUAUCUCAGAUGCCACGUAAUUCUGAAGAGUCUUGGAACACUAGAGUUGACAGGGUAAAGGCUACAAUGUAUAAUAUCUUUUUUUUGUGAUAAUACUGGAUUUAAUGGAUGAUUUAAUGUUUUUUUUUGGUGAAGGAGAGAUCAGAAAAACUGUUCCAACAAAAGACACGUUGUACACAUUGAAAGGCCGUGAAAAUACUGAUGUAGCAUCUCAAGUUACCAAAAUAAUGUUGUAAUGAUUCCCAUGACUCACACUAUGUACAGAAUGACAGAUGAUUGUUAAAUAUAUACUGUGCAAAAAAAAAAAAAGGUAAAAGUUUCACAACAUAUCACAUGUUGCAGCAGAUAUGGCACUCUCUUGCAGCCUAACGCUUGAGCCUUGCAGGAGAGCAGAGUGCUGAAGGUAUGUGAAGAAAAAAAAAAGAAAAGACAAAGCAAAGAUAAAUUGCUAAUUAAAAUUAUCUCUAAGCUAAGUACAAGUAUCCGUUGCUCAAAGCUCCCGAACUUGCGUGUCGCGGCCACAUACGUUGCUACGACCUAAUAUAAGCAGCCAUAUUUAGUUUAAGAUAACUUAAAAAUAUAAACGCUGUGUUAGUACUCUGUAUCUUUACAGUGUGUAAAACGUAAGAAACGCUUUCAGAUAUGGCAUGCGGUGUAUCUACAUCCAAUUUAUGUCAAUUAUGACUAGAGCCUGAAGUUUUCGGGAAAUAUUUUUUUCUAAAUUCGGGGGGUAAAAAUCGGGCAAAUAAACAUGUGCACUAAAUUCAUGCGAAUUCGGGAGAAAAAACUUCCAGUAUACUAAAUUCGGGGAGAAAUCGGGCUCAGUUACGCAAUCUGACUGUACAGGUUUGGUACAAACGGUGAUGAAACUGCAUUUUUCUGCCAAACAAGUAAGGUAGUGCAUUCCUACAGACAUCCCAGUGAGGGCAAUUUGCCGGGUAAAAAUCGGGUUUCACCCUAAGGAGGCAACCUUCAAUUCGGGGUGCAAAUUCGGGGAACAAUCGGGUAAAACCCUAAAACUUCAGGCUCUAAUUAGGACGAGGGUUUGAGAAAAUUUGCUUUGGCAUAUUGAGCGUUGCAUAAAAUAUAUAUAUACACACACACUUAUGUACAAACACGUGCGAAUGCUGAAUUAUUGCUGUAAGACUGUGUAUCGUUUCUCACAUGCCAUGUGUAAAAUAAAUGGAAGAGCAACACUUUA